AUGGCUACAGAGACUCUCAAUCCAUUGGCACUGAAUGCAGAUAUUCACAAUGCGCUGCCUACUGAGAAAGUAGACGGUACAUGCUGCUAUGUUGCAAAUCACAAAGGUUGCCCAUAUUUGUGGGCACGUUUUGAUAGGAAACCAACAAAGCAAACUGAUAAGAAAUUUAAAAAGCACAUUCGUUCAAAAGGAAGCCCCAAAGACUUCAUUUGGAAUGUUGAUGAGGACUUCAGACCUGUUCCUGAUUUCUGGAUUCCAGCAAAAGGUGUGAGAACGGUGGAUGGAAAGGCAUACCCUGAUGAAAAUGGUCAUAUACCAGGUUGGGUGCCUGUGGAGAAUGGCAAUAAGCAAUACUGUUGGCAUUCAAGUGCUGUAAAUUAUACAUUAAGUGUUGCUUUAGUACUAAAGCCACGAUUGGAAGAUCCAGAAGCUUUGGAGAUCUGUCUUGUUCACUUGACGGAUCUCCUUGAACAAACUCUUGAACUUCUAGGAACCAAUAUAAAUGGAAACCCAUAUGGUAUUGGCAAUAAGAAGAAUCCAAUUCAUUUUCUUGUCCCUCAUGGCACAUUUCUCAUUAAGAAUAUUCCAGCCUUGAAUCAUAAUAGUCUCAUAUCCUGGUUUAAUCAUUGUCAGGAGGGAAAAGUUGAAGGAAUUGUAUGGCACUGCAAAGAUGGAUCUUUAAUAAAGCUUCAUCGCCAUCAUCUUGGAUUACCCUGGCCACUUAAGGACACGUACCUGAGUUCAAAACCAGUUUUCAUCCGAAUUAAUUUAUGUAAAUAUGAAGAGGCUUCCCAUUGUUUAACACGAUUUGCCAAAAUAGAUGCUCUGCAGUAUGACAGCUUAAAAGAGGUUUUAUUGGACUGA